AUGCCUUUGAUUGCUGUGUGCCCCACUCUACCCCCAACAGGUUCUGUGAUGUUGGACUGGAGGUUAUCAUGUCUUCUUCUGCAGGCAGCUGCUUUGCUGCUGCUCAGCAAGGGGGAGAGGAUGUGCCCCGCGAGUUGUCGCUGCGAAGGAAAGAUUGUUUAUUGCGAGUCUGGCAUCUUCCAAGACAUCCCGGAAAAUAUCACCACAGGAUGCCAAGGUUUGUCUCUGCGCUAUAACAGCCUGCUGGUUCUGUUGCCAUACCAGUUCGCUCACCUCAAUCAGCUUAUCUGGCUUUACUUGGACCACAACUCCAUCAAAGACAUAGAUGCUUUAGCUUUUCAUGGUGUGCGCAGGCUCAAAGAACUCAUCCUCAGCUCCAACAAAAUAACUCAUCUGCACAAUAACACGUUCAGCGCUAUCCCAAACCUGCGGAAUCUGGACUUAUCCUACAAUCAGCUGCAGUCUCUGCAGCCAGGACAUUUUUAUGGUCUGCGCAAGCUGCAGAAUCUCCACCUCCGAUCUAAUGGCCUGAGACAAAUCUUCAUUCGUACGUUUCUGGAGUGCCGCAGCCUGGAGUUUCUGGACUUGGGUUACAACCGCUUGCGGAGCCUCACCCGCACAACGUUCUUAGGGCUGUUCAAACUGAAAGAACUUCAUUUAGAGCACAAUCAAUUUUCCAGGAUUAAUUUCUUCAUUUUCCCACGUCUUACCAACCUCCAGGCUCUUUAUUUGCAGUGGAACCGCAUACGAUCCAUUAAUCAAGGCGUGCCUUGGACCUGGCACAAACUACAGAAAUUGGACCUGUCAGGGAAUGAAAUCCAAAUCCUGGACCCAGCAGUUUUCCAGUGUAUGCCGAACUUACAAAUACUCAACCUUGAAUCGAACAAGCUGAGUAGUGUGCCUGUGGAAGCCGUGGCGGCGUGGACCUCACUGACCACUGUCAGCCUGGCAGGUAACUCUUGGGACUGCAGCCCCAGCAUCUGCCCUCUUAUGGGAUGGCUCAGAAACAUCAGAGACUCCAAAGACAUCAGUAUGAUCUGCAGCAGUCCCAAGUCUGUGCAGGGUGAAAGAGUCGUGGAUGUGGUGAAGAAUCACUCGACAUGUGUGGACAUGUCAAAUGUUUUCUCAACCACUGCUCUUAUUGUUUUGACUUCCAACCAAUUUGUGAACAUCACAACUCAACUCUCUCCCUUUGGUGUUACAGACCCUGGCAUUGAGUCACCCAUUCAGACAUUGACCCCUUCGCCUGGCCGUCCAAGUGGGACUGACAGAAAGACAACUGAGUCCAUAAACAUGAGCUCCACAUCACCCAUCUCCCCUGAACACCCUACAUCGUUUAUCCCAGAACUACAGUUUGAACAUAUGGCUUUCCAUAAAAUCAUUGCAGGCAGCGUAGCCCUGUUCCUGUCAGUGUCAUUGAUCCUUCUGGUUAUUUAUGUCUCGUGGAGGCGCUACCCCAACACCAUGAGGCAGCUGCAGCAGCACUCAGUCAACCAUAAGCGCAGGAAAAAGGCCCGUAAGCAGGAGCAGGACCUUAACUCUCAGUUGCAAGAGUAUUACCUGAGCUACCAUUCAAACUCAGAGACAAUGGACUCUUUGGUGACUGAGACGAGGCCGUGCACGUGCACCAUAUCAGGAUCCAUCGAAUGUGAGGUCUGAGCUGCCAACUCCACCUUACGAGACUAAAAGUGCAAUUGCUAAGCAGAGGUAAAUGGUUUUUCCACAAGAUUAAGUGCUUUUAUCUCUAAUGUGAGAUGAUAGAUUCUGCAGCACUGAAGGAAAUUCUUGGGGGCAUAGUACAAUAUCAUUAUGUGCACAGAAAAGAAGACUGGAACGGAGAGAUAUAUUUGGAGCUAAUUAUCACCCUGACUGACAUGAGAACAGUGGCGGGGUCAGCCAGUUUAGCUGUAUAUGAUCUAACAUAACGCCUGGACCUCUGCUACAGUAGAAGUCAGCGCUGUAGAGAGACUGACCUUAUUCUUAGUCAAACUAUAUCGCCAUAGAACAUACGAAACCAACAAAGCCACUUUUUACUUGCUAGUUUUUUAUUUUCAUUACGUAGCUUGUGAAGCAUUUAGGAUGUGUGUGUGUGUGUGUGUGUGCAUCUUUGAGUUUUUGUUUGUGUGUGUGAGAGUGUGUUAUGGGGAUGAGCUGAUAGUCUCCUGGUUUACUGACGUCUGGUUGGAAGAGUUACAGUGUUGCACCUUGUUCUCACAAGAUAUUAUUUGUCCAGUUAAACGGUUCUGCAUUUGGCAUACCAAUGCAGCAACUAGAAGUAGCAGUUCAUCAAAAUGUGGGGGAACAAUCGCUAAGAGAGAGCAUCUUGUCCUGAGAUCUUUUGCAUGAAUCCACUCUCCUUACUGAAGAUGCUCCUCUCUCUUAUUAAAUGAUCAGUUCUAAUUGAUGAUAAAGUUGCAUUUUGGUUCAUUGUGGCAAACAAACUAACUAUAUUUAAGUCUAAUCUCAGGACUGGUA